AUGUAUUAUGUGAAAAAGUAUGAACAUAAGCUGCUGAGCGAAACGCUGCGAUUUUUAGGGUUUACAUUAAAGUGGGGAAUUCACGAAAAUGGGUACUGGAUGACUAAUCUGAAUUAUUCCUUUGACUAUAUGUUGUCCAAUUUAGUGAUAAAAUAUUUUAAAGAAAAGAAAGUAAAAUCGGUGAUAGAUGUAGGUUGUGGGUACGGGCACUACGUCAACGAAUUAAACUUUCACAAAAUAAAGGCAGUGGGCGUUGACGGCAAUUCUAAGCUAGUCAAUCAGCUCAAAAAUGGUAUGUUUAUUUGUUACGCGUGA